AUGGAUGAGACCUCGCCGCUGCUCUCGGACGCAGCCACGGCGGUCCUAGUAGACGACAGGAUUCCCAACAAAGACAUUGUGGACUUCGACCCCGAUGGCGACGCAGAAAACCCCAUGGACUGGCCGACGGCCUAUAAAUGGGGCAUCGUCACCCUCCUGGCCGCCAUGGCCUUCACCGUGACCUUUACGUGCAUAUCGGUCGUCCCCAUCGCCAACAUCAUCGUGGACGACCUCGAGGGAGGCGACUCGGACGGUUCCGGCUCCGGCUCGGCCGCCGUCCUGCUGGUGACCAUCUGGGAACUCGGCGAGGCAGCCGGUCCGCUCUUCAUCGCGCCUCUGUCGGAGCUGUAUGGGCGGUACCCCGUCAUCAACGCCGCCAACGCCCUGUUCAUCGCCUUCACCGCGCUCACGGCCCUCAGCCCGAGCACAGACGUCAUCAUCGUGAGCCGCGCGCUGACCGGUCUCGCGGUGGCGUCCAACGUGCUGGCCCCGGCUAUCGUGGGCGACAUGUUCCCGUCGGAGCAGCGGGGCGCCGCCAUGAGCCUCAUCCAGCUGGCACCGCUCACUGGAGGUGCCAUCGGGCCGGCCAUUGCGGGCGCCAUCUCGCAGACCGCCGGGUGGAGGGAGUGUGUCUGGAUGGCGGUGGCGCUGGCGGUAGCGUGCGAGGUUGUGUUCCUGACGCUGUUCAGGGAGACGUACAAGAUUCCCAUCUUGCGGCGCAAGGCUGCCCGUCUGAGGAAGGAGACGGGCAAUCUGGCGCUGAGGACUGUCUAUGACUCCAGCGCGGCGGGGACGCACAGCUGGACGCUCAUCUGGGAAUCGAUUAUGCGGCCUACUGUCGUGCUGAGGAGCAGCUUUGUGCUGCAGAUUCUUUCCUUCUACGGAUCGUUUCUCUUUAGCUAUUUCUACAUCAUGUCGACGACCUUGCCGGGCAUUCUGCAGGAUAUCUACCACUUCACGCCAGCCGCGACUGGUGUGGCAUUUAUCACCUUCAGCGUCGGGUCUGCCCUUGGCGUGGUUAUCGUCAACACCUUGCUCGAUAGAAUCUACGUACGACUCCGCGACAGCCACAAGGGCAUCGGGCAGCCAGAAUACCGCCUCCCCCUCGUGAUAGUGGGAAGCUUCCUGUUCCCCACCACCGUCCUCCUGUACGGCUGGUCGACCCAGCUGCGGCUGCCUGUCGUGGUCCUGCUCCUGACCGUGGCCAUCAUGGGCACAUUUCUGAUGCUCAGCUUCGUGCCCGUCAUGGCCUACGUGGUGGAUGCCUUUGGCGUCUACUCGGCGAGCUCGGUGACGGCCCUCAUUGUCACGCGCUGCCUGAUGGGUACCUUUUUGCCUCUGACUGCUCAGCCUGCGGUUGAUAGGCUUGGGUAUGGCUGGGGAAUGACUGUUUUUGCCGCUAUCAGUGUGGCCACGAUACCGAUUCCGCUGCUUGUGUACAAGUACGGGUAUAAGUGGCGACAGACUUCGAAAUAUACACGGGACGAGUGAUAGCUGUGU